GUCGGACUUGAGUAAUUUACAAAUAUGACCCUUGUUUUUGAUUCCUAAUCCAAAAAAAAAACUGGUACGAUUUUUGUUGCUGGUUGUUUUCCGGGGAAAGCAGAGAGAGAGAGAGAGGUUACUUGAAUUUUGAUUCAAUGGCGACGAGAAAUCGAACAGUGGAGUUUAGGAAGCACAGAGACGCCGUGAAGAGCGUGCGUGCUCCUCUCUCUUCCUCCGCCGCAUCUGCUUCUUCCACCGGUCCCGUCAUUGAAAUGGUUUCGCUUCUUCCUUCCAAUCGAUCAUCCUAUGCUCCAUUAAGCACCGAUGACCCAUCCACCUCUAGGGAUGCGGUUACUGUGGGGUUGCCGCCGUCUUGGGUGGAUGAUUCUGAAGAAAUAGCUGCGGCUAUACAACGUGCUCGGGUUAAAAUUUCUGAUUUAACUAAAGCUCAUUCGAAGGCUUUGUUGCCUUCCUUUGGGGAUGACAAAGAGGACCAGCGUCUUAUUGAGACUCUCACCCAGGAAAUUACAUCUCUUCUUAGAAAAUCUGAAGUGAGGCUGAAAAGACUUUCUGCUGCUAGCGGAUCUUCUGAGGAUUCUAAUGUUAGAAAAAACGUACAGCGUUCCCUUGCUAUAGACCUUCAGAACCUAUCAAUGGAUCUUCGGCGAAAGCAGUCAGCAUACUUGAAACGUCUGCAACAGCAAAAAGAGGGUUUUGACGGGGUUGACUUGGAGAUGAACUUUAACGGGAGUAAAUUUGGAUCACGUGAUGAUGAAUUCAGUGAUGUGGGUUUUAGUGAAGAGCAGAUGACAAAGCUAAAGAAAAGUGAGCAGUUCUCAGUGGAAAGGGAGAGAGAGAUUGAACAGGUUGUUAAAUCAGUCCAUGAACUUGCUCAAAUCAUGAAGGAUCUCUCUGUCCUAGUGAUAGACCAGGGAACAAUUGUGGAUAGAAUUGACUAUAACAUUCAGAGUGUUUCUACGUCCGUUGAAGAGGGCCUCAAGCAGUUGCAAAAGGCAGAGAGAACACAGAAAAAAGGAGGGAUGAUUAUGUGUGCAACAUCACUUGUUAUAAUGUGCUUUAUCAUGCUAGUUCUCUUGAUACUCAAAGAGAUCCUCUUCUAGUCAUAUAACAGACCACUUUAGCGGCCAGCAGCAUGUUAAUUCUUCCGUUCGAUGUGAAUCAAAUUGCAUUCUGUUUAAAGAUAACUACGGAAAUGCGCUUCAGGUAUUUGUUCUUAAAGUGCUUGAGCUAACAAUUUUGGCUACUUAUUUAGAGGCAAGCUGGUAUGACAUUGUAGAGCAUAGCAUCGCAUCGCACUGCAUCGUGUAAACAAGAUAGUAGUUCAUCUCCCAGUGGCCAAUUUUCCUUUAGAAAUAAAAAGAAAGUAGUGCUAGAUAGACACAAUCGUGCUGGAAGGUAUUUAAGACGAAAACUUGUAUAAAUCCAAAAGUCAUCAUAUAUGUUAGUCAACUUUUCUUUUU